UGGCCUCCCCACCCAUCGCUUGCCACGUCAUCAUCCCUUCAAAAACUCCAUUGAUGUACUCCAAAAAUAUAUUUAUAUUAUUCUACUAGACUAGAUAGACUAGACUUUGUCAGUCCCACACGCCCCUGCUGCCCUGCAUCCGCCACUCCCAUGGCAGCUUCUCUCUCUCAAACCCCCACCUUCUCUCCAACCACCACCACUUUCUUCUCUCCGAUCACCACCACCAGACUCCGUACACUCCUCCAUUUCAAACCCUCACCCUACCCAACCCUCUGCUCCCGCCGCCCUGACUACACCCCAAACCACAUCCCAAACCCUAACUACAUCCGCAUCUUCGACACCACCCUCCGCGAUGGCGAACAAUCCCCCGGCGCCACCAUGACCACCAUCGAAAAGCUCCGCAUCGCCCGCCACCUCGCCAAGCUCGGCGUCGACAUCAUCGAAGCCGGCUUCCCAGCCUCCUCUGAAGCCGAUCUAGAAGCCGUCAAACUCAUCGCACAAGAAGUCGGCAAUAACAAUAACAAUAAUAAUAAUAAUGUGGCACGUGAGGGGGAGGAUGGUCACGUGCCAGUGAUAUGUGGUCUUGCGAGAUGUAAUAAGAGUGAUAUUGAUCGGGCGUGGGAGGCGGUUAAGUAUGCGAGGUAUCCGAGGAUACAUACGUUUAUUGCGACUAGUGAGAUACAUAUGAAGUAUAAGCUUAAGAUGAGUAAAGAACAAGUUGUUGAGAAAGCCAGGAGUAUGGUGGCUUAUGCCAGAAGUUUGGGGUGUGAUGAUGUCGAGUUUAGUCCGGAAGAUGCCGGAAGAUCAGAGAGGGAAUUUUUAUACGAGAUCUUGGGAGAGGUUAUCAAAGCGGGUGCAACCACCCUUAACAUACCCGAUACUGUCGGUUACAACUGGCCUCGUGAAUUCGGGCAGCUCAUUGCCGACAUAAAGGCCAAUACACCGGGCAUCGAGAAUGUCAUCAUUUCUACCCACUGCCAGAAUGAUCUAGGACUUUCUACUGCCAAUACUUUAGAGGGAGCUUAUAAUGGUGCAAGACAAUUAGAAGUAACCAUAAACGGGAUUGGAGAGAGAGCCGGUAAUGCUUCUUUAGAAGAGGUGGUAAUGGCUUUAAAGUGCAAAGGAGACUUAUUGGGUGGUCUUUACACCGGUAUCGAUACACGACAUAUUGUCAUGGCUAGCAAGAUGGUGGAAGAGUACAGUGGACUGCAGGUGCAGCCUCACAAGGCUAUUGUCGGUGCUAAUGCGUUUGCUCAUGAAAGUGGAAUCCAUCAAGACGGAAUGCUAAAGAAUAGAAAUACAUACGAAAUCAUGUCGCCUGAAGAUAUUGGACUUUUUAGAUCUAACGAAUCUGGUCUUACACUUGGAAAACUUAGUGGACGGCAUGCUUUGAAAGCUAAACUAUUUGAGCUUGGUUAUGACAUUGAUGGGAGGGAACUUAAUGAUGUCUUUUGGCGGUUUAAAUCGGUUGCCGAAAUGAAAAAGGUCAUUACCGAUGAUGAUUUAAUAGCACUGGUAUCCGAUGAGGUUUUCCAGCCCACCGUUGUUUGGAAGUUUGGAGACGUACAGGUGACGUGCGGGACUUUAGGUCUUUCAACCGCAACAGUUAAGUUAAUAGCAGAUGACGGGACAGAACAAAUUGCCUGUUCUACUGGAACAGGACCGGUCGAUGCAGCUUAUAAGGCGGUUGAUCUCAUUGUAAAGGCGCCUGUAAAACUCCUUGAGUACUCGAUGUCUGCGGUUACAGCUGGCAUUGACGCGAUAGCCAGCACCCGUGUUGUAAUUUCUGCUGAUGACGACCACACAACUACUCAUGCAUCUGGAGAACAAAUCUCACGGACAUAUAGUGGAACGGGUGCAUCGAUGGAUAUUGUUAUCUCCAGUGUUAGGGCGUAUGUUGGUGCCGUUAACAAGAUGUUAGGGUUGAAGAAGCAGUCAACAAGUUAAAAUUUUGGUGUGUAAUGUUUUGUUAGGGAUUGUAUCUUGUUUAAUAAAUUUGAGAAACUUAUGUUUUUGUACCAGUUUUGGUGUGUACCAGUUUUGUAUGAUAUUGUUCUUUAGUUGGUUAUUUCCUUCA